UUAGUACAUGUAAUCUAACUGAAUAAUUCCUUAGAUAAUUAGGCAGGUGCUUAUCUUACCUACACUGACCUAAGGCUUGUUAUCGACCAAUUAAUUAUAACAUUUGUGAAGUAACCAUGAACAAAUUAGCAUCUUUAAUUUGUUUAUCCGUUCUUGGUCUAGGAUAUGGCCUUCCAAAUCCUAUGCCACAAAGCCUUGACUUAGAACACCUGGAUCAAUAUGAAACCCAUGUCAACACGGGAGCCAGAUACAACCCCACCCAAACAAAUGUAUACCAUUUGUUUACAAGGGAUAAUCCAGUGGUCAGCCAGCCGUUGAUUUUGAACAAUCCCUCACUUCUUCAGUCUACUAACUACAGGAAGGAUAGACGCACAAUUGUUCUCAUUCAUGGAUGGCUGGAAUCAGUUACCGCUAACUCAAAUAGUGUUCUUAUUCCAGUGUUCCUUGCCGCUGAAGAUGUCAACAUCAUCGUAGUAGACUGGAGUAUUGGAGCAAGUUCCAUUGAGUACAGAACCGUUAUUAGGAACACUAUCGCUUCUGGUGAAGCGGUGGCAGCCUUCAUUAACUGGGUGAACAGAGAGUCAGGCGCCACUCCCACCAUGUACCAUAUUGUUGGACACGGCUUCGGCGGACACCAGGCUGGUAUUGUUGGCAGAAAUGUCGACGGUGAUGUUGCGUACAUUACAGCUCUCGACCCUGCUUUCAUUGGUUGGGUCAGCCACCCUGACCGCUUCGAUGCCAACGACGGGCAAUAUACUGAAGUUAUCCACACGAACUACGGCAUCAACGGCUAUCUAGCAGACCUUGGCCACGUUGACUUCUACCCUAACGGAGGAAUAUCUAUGCCUGGCUGUGACUCCCACGCCUGCGACCAUGCACGCAGCUAUUUCUAUUUUGCUGAAUCCAUCACGUCGGGUGGUUUCACUGGAAGACAAUGCCUGAACUACUAUGCUGCUAUUUUGAGCUCAUGUGACUUAUUGCCAGGAAGACUGGAGAUGGGAGGACUAAGACCUAAGAUUGGGAGAACUGGUGUGUACUUGUUGGAAACAAACGCCUCUCCUCCAUUUUCCCAAGGUUGAUUGAAACAACAAACAACCCUCAACAUUAUUUUAUUACUAUUACUAGUCAGUUGCAUCACAAAGUUUAAAGCAAUAAAUAGGAUACUGAUUCAUUAUAAGCUUGAGAACAGAAGUUAUAAUCUAAAUUAAAUGCAUUUCAUAACUAAAUGCUCGCGAGUAUACUAUCACAAUAAGUUGGGAUGUUUCAAAUUCUUGGGACCUCUUCUUUGUGAAGACUCUGUUGGAUUUUCUGGAGGCGUGGAACUGCUGGAUUCGGUGGGAAUGACUGGUUUUACAGAAGUGCUGUUACUGCUAGGUGUCUCUAAAAGACUACUCAGUAGUGCAAUACUUUGCUGUGCAGUUUGGUAUACUCCGGCGAAAAACUUAUUCGGAUCAAAUUCAACAUCUUCACCGUCUUCAGUGUUGUCAUCUGUGCUUUCUUCUGGUUCCACGGCUCUGGAAAUUCGAAUAAAUUACUUCAUUAAAUACUUUAUACUACUA